AAGUAGAUCUCUAAGAGGAAGAUUUUGAUUUUUCACUCAAUACGGACAGCUUGGAGCUCACGCUCAUGGAGAGACACUUAGAUACAUUUGCCGAUAAACACUGAAAACGCCCGCACCGAUCUCAUGUCUGGCCAAAGGAUCAUCGGAUCAUUUCUAUGCAGGCUCAGAUGACAGAUUUGUUCACGUAUAUAAUCAAGAGACUUUGAAGGUCGUAAAAGUUAUCAGAGGUUCGAGAGAAGUGUCAUCCAUUGUAUACAUGUCGCAGUGCGCAUAAUGCAGGUGGUCUCGGGGACAUGUGGGUCGCAUCCAAUCGUCAUCCUUUAAGUUUUACUAUGGACACGGAAAAGAUGAUCCUUGCGAAGGCUCAUGCGACCUUGACGUUGGAACUUAGUGCCGAUGUUGACAUGCUGAACGAGCCAGCUCUUGCUCGACCAAAAAACAGUCAAUUGGCAUUUUGUCUGGACUCUGGUUCAGUCGGCGUCAUUGAUCUUUCUACGAAACAAGUAACACGCAUGAAAACAAGUUAUGACGAUAUAUGUGGAACGGUGAAGUUGAUUCCCGAUCGUCCCAGUGAACUUGUCAGCGGUGGAUACGACUCUAGGCUGCUGCAUCACGAUAUUCACCAAAGGACUCUUGUCGCGAUUCGAUGGAGGUCUCCUCUGUCCGAGUCUUCAGGUGUUUCAAUGUCUCCGCCAUGCGUAUUGUCGUCUGCCAUGUCACCAUCUGGCAUCUUGCCUGCGGGAACCGCCGACGGAUGGGUAUGGAUUGGCACCGGCGGAAAGAAAAUGUCAGGAGUCUCAUCUGGCACGUCUAUCCAAAAGAAACGGCGGAAAUGUAAAGGACUGGAGCAAGACGAAGCUUUCAGGACGGAUGUCGGGCAUGGCCCUAUCACUGCUCUAUAUGUGCAUUACUGCUGCACUGCGACAUCCGAACUGAGACGCCAACAGGACAUUCAUCGGGCCUCGCACACUUUUCACAUCUACAUUGAUAGGAAAAGUCACCCUCUACCAAAUUGGUGGCCCAACUGCGGAUGGAAUAUCUCCAAAGUGGACGAAGACAACAGCUGAUGUGAACAAGGUUAAUCGAUGUAGAAGAUUGUAACAUGCGUGCGCCGUGCAAGCAGUAUCUGUCAAAAGUAAAGCAUGUGUACGAGUAAAGCUCGUACAUGAUGCAUGAAAUAUGUCGAAUGCAAGCUGGUACACGAAAUGCGCGAAGAUUGUAACGUGCAUGCACAAUAAUAUCUACUACUACUGAUCAGACAUGACGCUCACAACCAACUCACAACCUUAUCCGAGCUUCGUACAGCUUAUACAUGAGCAAUAUAUUGGAUAUAGACACACUACUCCUGGUCACUAGUUGUCAAACAACUACAGCCUGGAUGAAGCUAUUCUGUC